AUGAACGGCGAUACGUACACGUCCAGAGAUUCUGGUCGCCCUAGGGACUACUACCGCGAAGAGCGUCGCGAGCGCGGCGGCGACAGAGCAGAGAGAGGAGAGAGAAGACGUUCGAGAUCCCCCCACUACAGUUCCAGAAGCUCCCGACGCGAAUAUGAGGUAGAUUCGUAUUCGUCCAGCCGUGACUACCGCGCCAGAGAACGCGAGGACCGUUAUUCUAGCCGCAGAGACGACCGGGAAUGGGAUCGGGAUCGCGGUGACCGUGGGGAUCGCGGUGAUCGCCGCCGCAGAGAAUACGAAGAUAGACCCUCCCGCCGCGAAAGGGGAGACAGAGAUCUGUUCGAGGAUAGACCCCGACGGGAAGGCAGGGGAGACCGCGAGCGUGAGCGUGGAGAGCGUGCAGAGCGUGGUGGACGUGGAGAUCGCGACCGUGGCGAGCGAGGGGAGCGCAGACGGAGUGCGUCACCUCCUCGAAAGAGGGAGGCUACACCCGAUCUCACAGAUAUCGUGUCGGUGCUGGAUCGGAAACGUCGCCUGACGCAGUGGGAUAUCAAACCUCCGGGCUACGAGAAUGUUACUGCCGAGCAGGCGAAGCUGUCAGGCAUGUUCCCUCUCCCUGGAGCCCCCCGACAGCAGCCGAUGGACCCCAGCCGCCUUCAAGCUUUCAUGAACCAGCCCGCCGGCGGCAACGCGGACACAUCUACCCUCAAGCCUUCCAACUCUCGCCAGGCCAAGCGUCUUUUUGUCUACAACAUUCCCCAGACUGUCACCGGCGAGACCCUUUUGGCCUUCUUCAACGUCCAGCUCAAUGGCCUCAACGUUAUCGAGAGCGUGGAUCCUUGCAUUUCGGCCCAGGUGGCCCAGGACCACUCGUUCGCCCUGCUCGAAUUCAAGUCGCCCAAUGACGCUACAGUUGCGCUUGCGUUUGACGGAAUAGCGAUGGAGGAGCACGAAGCUGCUGGCAACGGGGCCGCUAAUGGGGCCGCUCAGGGCCUGGAAGUGCGGCGACCCAAGGAUUACAUUGUCCCUGGCGGAGCAGAGCAGGAAUACCAGGAAGGCGUGUUGUUGAAUGAGGUUCCUGACUCUCCCAACAAGAUCUGCGUGUCCAACAUUCCCCACUACAUCCCCGAAGAGCCUGUGACGAUGCUUCUCAAGUCUUUCGGAGAGCUCAAGUCGUUUGUUUUGGUGAAGGACAGUUCUACGGAGGAGUCUAGGGGCAUUGCGUUCUGCGAGUAUGCCGAUCCCUCAGCAACAACCAUUGCGGUGGAAGGUCUCAAUGGAAUGGAGCUGGGCGAUAGACACCUCAAGGUUGUGCGCGCCAGUAUCGGAAUGACACAAGCUGCCGGCCUCGACAUGGGCGUCAACGCGAUGUCGAUGUUCGCCAAGACGACGUCCCAGGACCUGGAGACCAGCCGCGUGUUGCAGUUGCUCAACAUGGUGACACCGGAGGAGUUGAUGGACCCUGAGGAUUACGAAGAAAUCUGCGAUGACGUACGCGACGAAUGCUCCAAGUACGGCACUGUAGUUGAGCUGAAGGUACCCCGUCCGACAGGCGGCAGCCGACAGUCGCCAGGAGUGGGCAAGAUCUUUGUCAAGUUCGACACGGUGGAGUCGACGACGAAUGCCCUGAAGGCGCUUGCGGGCAGGAAGUUCUCGGACCGGACUGUGGUUACAACCUACUUUUCCGAGGAAAACUUCGACGUCAACGCAUGGUAA